AUGAAAAAAUUAAGAACUGAAGAAUUAUUUAACAACUUAAUGGACGAAGCCACAUCAUUUGCUACAUUGCAUAAGUUAGAAGAAAUUAGUUUAAAAGAAGAACGAAUAAGUCGGAAAACAAAAAUGAGUGGUGAAAAUUGCAGAGAUGAAGCCCCCACUAAUGUUAAUAACAAAUUUAAGAUAAAUGUAUAUUUCUACACUCUGGAUAAAAUAAUUGGUACACUAGACAGUCGUUUUCAAUCCAGUCGCGGUAUAUUAACAGACCUCAGUAGACUAUCAUAUGUUCGGAUUAAAGAUGCAGCAAAAGACUCAUUUUUUCCUCCAAAUACAUUUUUAGAACUUCAAAAAUGGCUUCCUGAGAUAAAUGUAAACAAUUUACAAUCUGAAUAUUUGGCUUUUGCAGCAAGCUUUGAAUCUUUGGAAGUUGGUGUUACUAAUCCGGAAAUAUCUAAAAUCUCUGCUCAACAGUCAAACAAUAUUAAUGAGAAUGAUAGUGAAAGUGAAGAUGUAGAAGUUUCUAAUAAAAAUGAUAAACAAUUUGGUUUUGCUUCUCAAAUGGUACAAAUGAUGUGUGGUUACGGUUUAAUGGCUUUGUUUCCUAAUAUAUAUUUAGCUUUUAAAGCCAUGUGUACCAUUCCUGCAUCUUCUGCUUCUGCGGAACGAGUAUUUUCUAAGGUAAGAUAG